AUGGGUUACCCAGACAAGUUCGAAGGUUUCAUGAUCUCAGACCAGAAGAAGUGGACUGAAUUCAAGAAGCAAGAGUUUACUCCCAAGAAGUUUGGUGACCACGAUAUCGACAUCAAGAUCGAGUGCUGCGGUGUCUGCGGCUCAGAUGUUCACAGCAUCAAUGGCGGUUGGGGCGAGGUCCCUCUACCCAUCUGUGUCGGGCAUGAAAUCGUCGGCCACGCCAUCAAGGUCGGCGAUGCAGUCAAGACGGUCAAGGUUGGGGACCGUGUCGGUGUCGGUGCUCAAAUCUCAGCCUGCCUCGAGUGCCAGAACUGCAAAAGCGACAACGAGAACUACUGCCCUCACAUGGUUGACACUUACGGAGCCCCCUACGGCGACGUGAUCUCCCAGGGUGGCUAUGCCUCUCACAUCCGAAGCCACGAAUACUUUACAUUCCCCAUCCCUGACGAGAUUCCCUCUCACCUGGCCGCACCUAUGUUGUGCGCUGGCCUGACCACAUACUCACCAUUGGUGCGGGCAGGAGUUGGACCGGGCAAGAAGGUCGCGAUUGUUGGGCUGGGUGGUCUGGGACACUUCGGCGUCAUCUGGGCCAACGCCUUGGGUGCCGAGGUCACAGUCAUCUCACACUCACCGAGCAAGAAAGAAGAUGCGCUGAAGCUGGGCGCGAAGCACUUCGUCGUCAACGACAAGGAAGGAUGGGAGAAGCCAUACGAGUUUACCUUCGACUUCAUUCUUAACACGGCCGACAUGACCCACACCUUUGACAUCAGCCAGUACCUGUCGAUGUGCAAGGUCAACGCACCCUUCCAUCAAGUCGGUCUUCCGGACGAGGCGCUCCCAGCCAUCAAACCACAGAUGUUCAUGAGCAACGGCAGCUCGAUCGGCGCCAGCCACAUCGGCAACAGACCUGAGUGCUUGGCCAUGCUCAAGCUGGCGGCAGAGAAGAAACUGUUCCCUAUGGUGGAGACCAUACCCAUUUCCGAGGAGGGCUGCAAAGAGGCUGUGACGAGGGUGUCCAAUAACAAGGUCCGUUACAGGUUCACUUUGACCGACUACGACAAGGCUUUCGGCCCUCGAAACUGA